CUGAAAGCUGUAGAAAAUUACACCUUCCUUAUUUUCAAGGUCUAAGUACAGUAUAUAUAGUGCUAGAACCAGCUCUAGUGGCAUAGUUACCUGCGGUAAGGGAUCAACACCAUUACAAUAUGAAAUCCUUCUUAGUCUGCCUGUUUCUGGCUGGAGUUGCAGUCGCCCAACAUGGUCAUGGUUGGGGAGGAUGGGCCGGUCAUGGUCUUGUCGCUCCAGGAGUAGCAGCUCAUGGACUAGUCGCCCCAGCAUUGGCCGCCCCCAGUUUGGUAGCUCCAGCAGUUGCCGCCCCUAGCUUGGUAGUGCCAGCAGUCGCCGCCCCCAGUUUAAUCGCUCCAGCAGUUGCUGCCCCUGGACUCAUCGCCCCAGCUAGUGCUGCAGGUUCCCUGUACGCUGCCCCCACAGCAGCAGGCUCCCUCUACGCCGCCCCCACCGCAGCUGGUUCCCUCUAUGCCGCCCCAAGUGCUGCUGGAUCUGUAGUUGCCGCACCCACCGCAGCUGGAUCAGUCUAUGCCGCUCCUAGCGCCGCAGGUUCUAUCGUCGCCGCACCUUCAGCCGCCGGUUCCAUCGCAGCUGCCCCUAGUUCCGCUGGAUCCAUCGUUGCCGCACCAUCUUCUGCUGGAUCCAUCGCUGUCGCCCCAUCUUCAGCUGGAUCCAUCGCUGUCGCACCAUCCCACGCAGGUUCAGUUGCUGCUGCUCCAUCAGUUGCAGGAUCAGUUGUUGCUGGACAUGGCGCUGCAGGUUGGGCAAGUCAUGGAUGGGCAGGACAUGGUCAUGGUCAUUGGUAAAAUAUGAAAUUAAUUUGAAAUCUUAAAGGCUGAUGAUAAAUAAAACGCAAAACAACUUUGUACAAAGCAAU